AGGAGGAGGAGGAUGGGCAAGGGGCAUGGACAGCAGCCGCCUGGGGCCCGAAAGGGCCGUCACUCCAGAGACAAGAAGUCCAGAAAGCGUAGCCGGCGCAAAGAAACCUACUCGAUAUAUAUCUACAAGGUGCUGAAGCAGGUGCACCCUGACCUCGGCAUCUCUUCCAAGGCCAUGAGCAUCAUGAACUCGUUUGUGAAUGAUGUGUUUGAGCGCCUGGCCGGCGAGGCCGCCCGGCUGGCCCAGUACUCGGGCCGAACCACACUGACGUCCCGGGAAGUCCAGACGGCCGUGCGCCUGCUGCUGCCCGGGGAGCUGGCCAAGCACGCCGUGUCCGAGGGCACCAAGGCCGUCACCAAGUACACCAGUGCCAAGUGACC